GCUGCAAUUUGAUCCUAUUUUUCUUAUCAUUAUCAUAUUCCUCCAUUGUUUCCGUAUUCUCGUCGGAGUACGCAAAUUCAAUAUUCAAUCUCGAAGGAUUUAUCUCCCAGCUAAUCAAAGAAACCAAGAUUUUCUUCUGAGAGAUGGAAGCUGAUGUUUCCAUUGAUAUUUUCUAAACCCCGUAAUUUCCUUUUCAAUCCCAAUUCUCUCCCAUUUUUCUCUCUCAACCGGUUAGGGUUUUUCGGUCCAUGGCUUUAAGUGCUAUGAAUCCAGGUCUCGCGUUGUUGUUUUCACUUCUUUUGGUUGGUUCUUGCGGCUGCGCAGCUAAUGUGGUAUUGAUUGGGACCAACGUCACUCUUUCAUUCGAUUCCGUUGAAGCUAAUUUCGCUCCUGCAAUAGGCAGCCCAGGGGAACCCGGUGUACUGUAUCUGGCUAAACCUCUUGAUGCAUGCUCGACAUUGGAAAGUAAUACUGCGCUGCCUGUAAACUCUAGUUCACCCUUUGUGCUUAUAAUUAGAGGAGGAUGUAGCUUCGAGGAUAAAGUGAGGAGAGCCCAAAUGGCUGGAUUUAAAGCUGCAAUCAUUUAUGAUAAUGAAGAUGGUGGUGGCCUGAUUGCGAUGGCAGGGAGCUCAGCUGGUAUUAGAAUACAUGCUGUAUUUGUUACUAAAUCAUCCGGUGAAACAUUGAAGAAGUAUGCAGGCUUGGCUAAUGUUGAGAUAUGGAUAGUUCCAAGCUUUGAAAAUUCUGCAUGGUCCAUCAUGGCUAUCUCCUUUAUUUCUCUUCUUGCAAUGUCUGCAGUGCUUGCUACUUGUUUCUUCGUUCGUAGACAUAGAAUAAGACGAGGACGUCCUCGAUCUUCUCAUGCUCAAGAGUUUCGAGGCAUGAGCAGACGUGUAGUAAAAGCAAUGCCAAGUCUGAUAUUUACAACUGCUUUAGAGGAUAAUUGUACAUCAGUCACAUGUGCCAUAUGCCUUGAGGACUAUACUGCUGGUGAGAAGCUGAGAAUUCUACCAUGUCGUCACAAAUUUCAUGCUCUCUGUGUGGACUCAUGGCUUACUGCUUGGAGAACCUUCUGUCCAGUCUGCAAGCGAGAUGCUAGAACGAGCACUGGUGAUCCACCACCUUCAGAAUCCACGCCAUUGCUUUCAAGCGCUCCCAGCUCUGUUGCUUCAUCCUCGAUAUUAUCUUCUGUGAGAUCAUCAUUACCACCAAGCUCUGCCAUUCAAAUAUCCCCAUCAUCUAGAUCGCCAUCAGUAUCUCGGAACCACUAUCUCUCAAGCACCCCAUACCUUCAGCAGUCUCUGAGAUCCUCCUACCACCAUGCUUCAUCCUUGAGCAUAAGUAGAAGUUCAGUUGAACUCAGAAAUGCAUCUUCCCAACGAUCUUAUGCUUCUCAUUUGGUUUCUCCGUAUUCCUCAUGUUACCCAUCCAUGUCACCUUUACAUUCAAGAUACAUGAUUCCGCUCAUUCCAAGUCCAAGCAAUGCCUCACCCAGCAUCAUUGGUUCUUCCAGUCAUCAACAUAAUCCCUUGCAUUGCAGCGGGUCAGCUGCAAGCUUUUCUCCGUUUGCUUCGGCUCAGUCUCUUCCUGAAUGCUGAUACGGGAGCAUUGUGAAUCGUCUGUGCAGAGAUAUAUGCAGCCCUCUCUUUGUAGAGGGUUGAGGGGUGGGGGGAGAUAUGGUUGAAUUAUGCAACAUUUGGUAUGUAAAUCAAUUCCUUAGUCCUGGAUCGUGUCUGAAACCACCCUGGUUGGCCGGCAUCAUUGUAUAUUAUUUCAUACGAUUGCUCCAUUUGUUCUUUUAGCUUUGAAGUUUCAUUUGUGGUCAUGCUGUAGAGGUUUCUAAAAUUUAAGUAAAGCAAAGUGUACUCUUGUGGGGGUGGGAUUGAAAUUGUUUCAUGAAUUGUGGGAUAGAUACACCGGAAACUUAGUUUAACAGCUAACCCGGCACAUUUGUAAUAUAACGCUUCUCUCUCCUCCCAUUGUUGGAGGCGCCAUGGAUGGAUCCAUUUAACAAGAUUAGUUGAUCCAGGGGGCUUCUGCCUUUCCUCUCG